GAGCUGAGGAUGCGUCUGCAUAACUUCAGCUGAGUGUUCAGCUCGGAUAUGACUAAGCUUUGACAGGACAACCUAUGACGGCUACCCUUCUGGUCUUCCUAACCAUCAACCCUAUAUGUCUAGUGGUUGAUUUCCUUGAAUCAGCUGGUCCAUUUCGAUCGAUCCAGGCUCAAAGCCCUCGCGUGAGUAACUGCAUACUGUCGAGCAACGGAAACGGCACUGAAGCAACAAAAACUACCGGCCCCCUCCAGCAUGGAAAACACCAACCCGGAAAAACAAUUCAUCUGCGAAACAUGCCGCAAAAUCGACUUCUCAUACCUACUCAAAUACCCCCUAAAUAGCGUCCGCGAUGAACCCCACCGUCCUGGCUUCCUCCUUACAUACACACUAAAUUGCGUCCUCUGCAACCUCCUCCUAUCCCCUACAUUCCCACCCCGAAUGCAAAACAGGCAAUUUGGACUCAAAUCCUUCUCGUUUCUGCGGAACUGUGAUUGGGCGGCUGCGGAUGUCGUUCCUGAGUUGCAAGACAGUGUGCAGCUGCUGGCUGUCAAGCAUGGUCGUCCCUUUUUACGAAGACCAGAACAUAAGUAUGUUUUUUGCUGCAGUGCAGAUGAGGGAGCGGAGGGCCCCGCUGGCGGCCUGUUCGUACCGCGUAUGAGGAUACGGAAUAGAUGGGACUGUGAGCUGGCCGCAUCUUGGCUGUCGAACUGUAAGGAACGGCAUGGUUCUUUAUGCAAUGAGGUGCCUGCUUUCAUUGAGGGUUUACACCUUAUCGACUGCGAGCAAUCGUGCGUUGUGAAGGCGGAAAGGGAAUCCUCGCGGUGGAUAGCGCUCAGUUAUGUAUGGGGCAGUCGGACUCAACCACCUACAGAUUGGGAGUCGAAUAACCCGCAUCCGACUACUACAUGCGGACAAUUACCCGCCGACCUCCCCAGGACGAUCCAAGAUGCCAUCAGCGUUACCAAGGGUCUGGGGUACCGCUUCUUAUGGGUCGACGAGUACUGCGUCGAUCAGACCUAUGCCGCGCACCGAGAUGACCAGAUCAGCAGAAUGGACCAGAUAUACCGAGGCGCCGAUCUCGUCAUCGUAGCUGCAGCCGGCCAGGACAAAACGUACGGCCUGCCAGGCGUCAGCAGCACACCUAGUAGCAGAAAUAAGGUUGAAAUAGUCCGCCUCAACGGCAUAACCAUCUUCAGCAUCGGCCAGGAUCCCAAACUCCACAUCGAGACGUCGAAAUGGUUUACUCGAGGGUGGAUUUUCCAAGAGGGUUGGUUGUCGAAGCGCUUGCUUGUUUUCACCGACGAGCAAAUGUCGUAUUAUUGCCAGCAGGCUUCGUGGAUGGAACGUCUCGGCGGGCCAGAAUAUAUUACCGACCAGGCUGCUGUGAACUGGAAGCGCUGGCCCGUCCGCGGCUCAUCGUUUCAACUGCCGCUCAAACUCUACACAAUACGUACGGAAGGCUUCAAACAACUCACCUUCUUCCUGUCGAUAGUGCAGAAAUACAGCGUCCGCGAACUCAGCUUCGAGUCCGACGCCCUGCGAGCGUUUUCCGGCGUAAUGCAGUUCCUACGCCGAUCGAGUUGCUCCCUGUACAAUAUUUCCGGCUUGCCAUACCUUCUCCCGGAAGGAUACAACAGUGACGAGGAGCUAGACCUGUGUCUAGAGCACCAACUCUUCUUCUCCCUGUCCUGGCUCCAUACUUCGCCCCCGUCGCAACGAAGAGCCAUGUUUCCCUCGUGGACUUGGGCGGGCUGGUCAGACGGCGUCUACUGGUUGCGCUUCUCAUUUCGCGGUCGCCCAAAUCAACGGCCCAGUCUACGAAAUGUACGUCUCGAGUCCGCCCGUGGAAUCGUAGCACUCCCUACAACGCUCGGUGACCCGCACGCCUCUGAUGCUCUUCAGGCGCUUCUAGACUCUGUCACAGCGAUCCGUUUCGACGCCCUCGUUGUGCCCGCGGAAGAAAUUGCAUAUGGUGAACACACGACCACCGAUUCGCACGACAACGAUAAGAGAACAAUAUUGCAUUUAGAAGUCCGAGGUGUUUUUAGUCAUGGUUGGCUUGCGACCUCGUCCGACUUUUACAGCUGCUUUCUGCCAAACUUAGUCAGUGGUACUUGGUCCUGUUUGUUGCUGGGGACAAUGAUAGGGAGCGGAAAUCACCAGCGUUUUCUACUCGUCGUCGAAUGGCUGGACGGCGAGACUGCCCGACGGAUAGGCGGCUUUCAAACCCACUCCAAUGACCCGGAAGAGGAAAGCCGAACGCCUUUCGAAGAGGGGCUUCAGUGGCGUGGCGUUAGGUUGAUAUGAGAGCUCGACGAGACAAUUGCAAAUCGUUCAUAUGACGCAACUUCACGCUUUUCUCUAGCGAUUAGAUGCUCUCGUUUCACACCAAACAUAUCCUGUGCUCAACUCAUGAUCUCUCAAAUAUAUUCGUGUAUUGCUACUCAUGCUAUGUA